AUGACCACUGCUCUGGAUGCUUUGCUCGUCGGCACUAGCUGGUGUCAUGUCCUGCUCGCGCCCUACACUAAAGUCGAAGAGAGCUUUAACUUACACGCCACACACGAUGUACUCAUGUAUGGUAUUCAACCAGCAGCCCUCCACAAUUAUGAUCACUUCGUAUUCCCUGGUGCAGUUCCGCGAACAUUCGUGGGGAGUGUUCUACUAGCUUGGCUGUCUAGCCCGGCAAUUCAUGUUGCUCAGUCACUCGGACUGGUAUCUGACAAGUUCGAUUUGCAAAUAAUCGUCCGGCUUGUUCUUGCCACACUGAAUGCAUUCGCGUUCUGCCUCCUUCGACGCGCUGUCUCCCGCCGCUUUGGUGGACCCACAGGUGUAUUAUUUGCGUUACUUACUUGCACCCAAUUUCAUCUACCAUUUUGGGUCGGCAGAACCUUACCAAACAUGUUUGCGCUGUUUCCUGUCAACCUUGCGCAUUAUCUGUUAAUCAACCGCGCCCCAAACUCUUUAUAUCCGCCAAGACACUCCCUCCACGCCGCACUUGCGUUGCUCGUGUUUACUGCUACCGUAUUCCGCUCUGAAGUCCUCUUAUUGCUUGGGCCGAUGGCGCUCCAUGCUCUGAUCUGGGGACAUACAUCGAUCACGAAACUUGUAAUGGUUGGGCUAGUUUCAGUACUAGCCUCCGCAGGGCUCACAAUUGGAGUGGACUCAUACUUCUGGCAGCAAUGGCCUCUUUGGCCUGAGCUGCAUGGUCUGUAUUUCAAUGUGAUUGAGGGCAAGAGCUCAGAGUGGGGUGUUCUGCCAUACCACACUUACUUUACGUCUUUCUUACCGAAGCUAUUGCUUGCCUCCCUCCCUCUUUCCAUGAUAGGAUUCGCAACAGACUCACGUAUCCGAGGUCAUCUAGGGCCUGCACUGAUGUUCGUGGGACUCAUUAGUGCGCUGGGGCAUAAAGAGUGGCGCUUCAUUAUCUAUGUGGUUCCCAUUUUCAACAUCGCAGCAGCAAGGGGGGCCUCCCGAUUGGUCAGCCGACGGAAACGUACCGUACUCGGCAGAUUUUGUUUCUUAGCUGUCGCAGGCCUCCUGGCAAGUAAUUGCAUCAUGACAUAUCUUUUUACAAUGGCAUCGAUGGCCAAUUAUCCAGGAGGAGAGGCUCUGUCAAAAUUCAAUGAGUUUUAUUCGAAACGGGACAACGUGCAUGUCCAUAUUUCCAACCUCGCGGCUCAAACUGGUGCAUCUCUUUUCCUCCAUACGCACGCACCACCAUUCCUCCCGGAGCUUGCUUCCCCAACCAAACAUUGGACGUAUAACAAGACCGAAAACCUUUCGCCUCGAGUGCUCAAGGGGACGCGCGAAGUCACCCACAUCGUCGCCGAGUCGACAUCUGCUUCUUCGUUCACAAAAUCGAAGCGUUGGGACCAGGUUGACACUAUAGAUAGCUUUGAUCGCUGGGUAGUCAACCCUGCUAUCAGAAGUAUCCCAAGGAUAGGCUUAGGUGGUAAUCCCACUGCCCUGCUGCAGCCACUGAAAAUGGCCAAGAGUGACAAGUUAGUCAUUCUUGAGCGCAACACUACAUAG